CAUGGACUAGUAUUGGGGGAAUGCUAACACUCAAAGCAAUUAUUAAAAUUAAGAAACAACUCAGGAUAUGAGACCCUUGAAAGGAUAUAAAAAUUAGAAUUAAAAUAUUUAGAACUAAAAUGGAAAUUAUGAUUAGUAAGUAGAAGUCGCGCCUCUUAAAGGGUAUAAAUAAAUGAACAAGGCUUCUGGGGCAUACUUUAAUUAGUAAAAUUAAGACAUGCCCAAAAGAGGAUAUUAAAAACAUAAUAAAAAACAUUAAUCAGAGAUAACAUACUAUAACUAAUAAGUGUAAGUUCCGAAUCCGCAAACUGAUUAAGGAUGUUACUCUAAUUAAUAUCAAUAAUUCAGUUAAUAUCCUGAAAGGUAAAAUACGGAACAAUACAACAAUAGAGAUAACCAAAACAGGGGUUAUUUUCGGAAUACGUAGAAUAAUACAGUAUAUUAGCGAGAUGAUAAAUAUUUCUAAAUGCCUUAAAUGCCUUAAUAUUCUAAUAAUAUUUUCUAUUAAUUCCAAACAUAGUUCUUAAGGGCUAAUAAUUAUUAUGACAUUAAUGAAUUAAGGGCCAAUUUUAGCUCAUUAAGAUAACUAAAUAAAAAUCAUAUGCCUACUCAUAAUUCUCAUUUUGUGCUGAUAAGACCUAAAAAUGGAUUUUAAAAUAUUCAUAAGGCAAUCAAGUAUGGGGUUUGGUGUUCGACAUCUUAAGUUAAUCAAGAACUAUCAUAAUUAUACAAGGACAAAGGUCAAUCUGUUUAUUUAAUAUUUUUUCCUUUAGGCUAAACUUCUAAACUUAUAGGAAUUGCAUAAAUGAUAAGUGAUUAUGAUCCUAAAGAGACUUAUAAAUACUGGGAUAACGAUGGAAUUUAUAAAGGUUCUUUUGGAUUAAUUUGGCAUUCAAUAAAAUAUGUCGAUCCAGAAAUAAUUCCAAAAUUGACUUAUGAGAUUCGGAGAGGAACAGUAAGAGAAUUCGAUGUUUGGUAAUUGAGAGAUGGAAAUUAAAUUGGAUAUUAAGAUGCAAUGAAAAUAUUUCACAUAUUUAAUCAGGCUCCUGAGAACCCUUCUGUUUUUGAACACUUCAAUGUGUUAGACAUAUAAGAAGUAUAUUAUAUAUUUUAAAGGAAAAGGAUUAAAAGAGAAGCAAUAAAUUGAAAAAUUAGGAAGAAGAAGAAAUUUAAUUAAAAUAAAAAGGAUUAAAGAAAAAAUAUUAAUAUUGA